CUUAAAAACCUAUAACCUGUUGAUCAGAGGCAGGAAAGCAUCUUGGACCAUGAGCCCAGGACAGUGUGUGCCGUGAUCACUCCCUUACCCUGCACCUGCAGCGCCGCCCUUGUGGUGGGGCAGCGAGGGACGGCGCGGUCGGCCUGGCCGCCGCGCAUGCUCCGUCCUGCGCACUCCCCUUGCCGGUCCCGCCCCCGCCCGCGAGCGGUUAGGUUUUGAAUCUAGCUGGCAGUGGCCGGAAGUGGCGGCUCUCCGGGCCGGCAUGGAGUCCCCCGGUCCCGGCGCGAGGUGCCCGCUGCAAGAGCAGCGAGCCCGGUGGGAGCGGAAGCGCGCCCGUACUGCCCGAGAGCUGCUGGAGACCGAGCGGCGCUACCAGGAGCAGCUGGGGCUGGUGGCCACGUACUUCCUGGGGAUCCUGAAGGCCAAAGGGACCCUGCGACCCCCGGAGCGCCAGGCCCUCUUUGGGCCCUGGGAGCCCAUCUACGGCGCUAGCCAAGAGCUGCUUCCUUACCUGGAAGAAGGACGGUGGGGACAGGGCCUCGAGGGCUUCUGCCCCCACCUGGAGCUCUACGCCCAGUUUGCUGCCAACGCCGACAGGUCCCGAGCCACCCUGCAGGAGCAGCUCAAGAAAAGCAAACGCUUCCGGAGGUUUGUGAGGUUGCAGGAAGGCCGCCCUGAGUUUGGUGGUCUUCAGCUCCAAGACCUCCUCCCCCUUCCCCUGCAGCGGCUCCAACAGUAUGAAAGUCUCGUAGUUGCUUUGGCAGAAAACACGAGUCCUCACAGCCCCGACCACCAGCAGCUCACGCGGGCUGCUCGGCUGGUGAGUGACACUGCCCAGAGAGUUCAGGCCAUCGGGCAGAGACAGAAGAAUGAGCAGCACCUGCGGCGUGUCCAGGCCCUGCUUGGUGGGCGCCAGGCCAAGGGCCUCACCUCAGGUAGCUAUGGGCUUGCUCCUCUGUUCUCAGGUCUUCCUCUUCCAGCCCACUCACAGCCCCAUGGAACGCCCCACCUGCUGUGCAUCCCCCAGGAUCCCCCCUUCCCUCUCCCUGUCCACCCUCCAGGACGCUGGUUCCUGCGCCAGGGCUGGCUGUUGGUGGUGCCUCCGCGGGGGGAGCCUCGGCCCCGCAUGUGCUUCCUCUUCUCUGAUGUGCUCCUCAUGGCCAAACCGCGCCCCGUGUUGCACCUGCUGCAGAGUGGCACUUUUGCCUGCAGAGCCGUCUACCCCAUGGCCCAGUGUGAGCUCAGCAGGGUCUUUGGCCACUCCGGAGGUCCCUGUGGUGGACUGCUCAGUCUGUCCUUCCCCCACGAGAAACUACUACUCAUGUCCACAGAUCAGGAAGAGCUGGCCCGCUGGUACCACAGCCUGACUCUGGCCAUCAGCAGCCAAAAGAAUUAGCGGCAAUGGACCGGGCCUUAGAAUACUUCAGGGACUGGAUCAGGGCCAGGAGUACCACGUGAUCGUCAGCACUGCACAACACACAGACCUCUUCGUGGUUUCCUGGGUCUGAGCUACUUUGGGACUGGACUACUCUGGGUCCUCUGGUCAGUGCUUCUGAACCAAGAGCCCAGGUCUGACCAAGCGAACUUCCACUGAGGUUCCACCAUGGACCAUGGGACUUGGCAUUGAUAUGCUUGGUGCUACAUCUGUGGCCAGCUGUUUAUUAAGGUCACAGCUUUG